AGGUGUACAGUUCAGGCAAGAGGAGGGGCCGCUCCCGGCUGCAUUAGCGUCCAACAUGGAUAGAGAAAUGAUACUGGCUGAUUUUCAGGCAUGUACUGGAAUAGAAAAUAUUGAUGAGGCUAUCACCUUACUUGAACAAAAUAACUGGGAUUUAGUGGCGGCCAUCAAUGGAGUUAUACCGCAGGAAAAUGGCAUUUUAGAAAGUGAAUAUAGUGGGGAAUCUUUACAAAGGCCUGCCUAUGGUCCCGCUAGUCAUCCUUCGUCGUCAUCUUCAGCAUCUUCCUCCUCUUCUGCAUUUCGUCACGUAGUGCCAUCUAGACAAAUAGUGGAAAGACAACCGCGAAUGCUCGACUUCAGAGUGGAAUACAGAGAUCGAAAUGUGGAUGUGGUGCUUGAAGACAGUUCUACAGUUGGAGAGAUCAAACAUAUUUUAGAAAAUGAGCUUCAGAUUCCUGCAUCAAAAAUGUUGCUAAAGGGCUGGAAGACUGGAGAUGUAGAUGAUAGUACUAUUCUAAAAACUUUACACUUGCCCAAAAACAACAACCUGUAUGUUCUAACACCCGACUUGCCACCACCGUCUUCAUCAAGUUUGCCAGGUGCCCUGCAGGAAUCAUUAAAUCAAAACUUCAUGCUGAUCGUCACCCAUCGAGAAGUCCAGCGGGAGUACAACCUCAACUUCUCAGGAAGCAGUACCAUCCAGGAGGUUAAACGAAAUGUGUACGACCUGACUAGUAUCCCUGUUCGUCAUCAAUAUUGGGAAGGCUGGCCUGCUUCUGCUACAGAUGACUCAAUUACUUUAGCAGCCUCAGGAAUCUCUUAUCCUUGCCAUCGACUUACAGUUGGAAGAAGGUCUUCACCAGCACAAACUAGAGAACAAUCAGAAGAGCAAUGCACAGAUGUACAUAUGGUUAGUGACAGUGAUGGAGAUGAUUUUGAAGAUGCUACUGAAUUUGGGGUGGAUGAUGGAGAGAUGUUUGGUAUGGCAUCAUCUGCACUGAGAAAAUCUCCAAUGAUGCCGGAAAAUGCUGAAAAUGAAGGAGAUGCCUUAUUACAAUUCACAGCAGAAUUUUCUUCAAGAUAUGGUGACUGCCAUCCAGUAUUUUUUAUUGGAUCUUUAGAAGCUGCCUUUCAAGAGGCAUUCUAUGGGAAAGCUAGAGAUAGAAAGCUUCUUGCUGUCUACCUCCACCAGGAUGAAAGUGUGCUGACUAAUGUAUUCUGCUCUCAAAUGCUUUGUGCUGAAUCUAUUGUUUCCUACCUGAGUCAAAACUUUAUAACAUGGGCAUGGGAUAUGACAAAAGAAGCAAAUCGAGCAAGAUUUCUAACAAUGUGCACAAGACACUUUGGCAGUGUUGUAGCCCAAACUAUUCGGACUCAGAAGACAGAUCAGUUUCCAUUGUUCCUUAUUAUUAUGGGAAAACGAUCGUCAAAUGAAGUGUUGAAUGUAAUACAAGGAAACACAACAGUGGAUGAGUUAAUGAUGAGGCUGAUGGCUGCAAUGGAGAUCUUCAGUGCUCAACAGCAAGAAGACAUAAAAGAUGAGGAUGAACGUGAGGCCCGAGAAAAUGUGAAGAGAGAACAAGAUGAAGCUUACCGAAUCUCUCUGGAAGCUGAUAGAGCAAAACGGGAAGCACAAGAAAGAGAAAUUGCAGAGCAGUUUCGCUUGGAACAGAUUAGAAAAGAACAGGAGGAAGAGCGUGAAGCUAUAAGACUCUCUUUAGAGCAGUCGUUGCCUCCUGAACCAAAACAGGAGAGCACCGAAUCACUUAGUAAACUACGUAUCCGAACACCCAGUGGAGAAUUCUUUGAACGGCGUUUCCUGGCCAGUAGCAAACUGCAGGUCGUCUUUGAUUUUGUAGCUUCCAAGGGCUACCCUUGGGAGGAAUUCAAGCUACUAGGAACUUUUCCCAGGAGAGAUGUAACCCAGCUGGAUCCAAAUAAAUCAUUAUUGGAGUUAAAAUUGUACCCUCAAGAAACACUUUUUCUAGAGGCAAAAGAAUAGAUGAAGCCAGAUUGGAGGACUAAUUAAUUAUUUGAUAAUGAAUAAGGCACGGCGAAGGCUUUAUCCAAAUCACUGUGUCCUAUCAUUUAAAUCAGAUCAAUGUCCCAACUCUGCCUCUUUCAAGAAGCUGGGAAGAAAGAAUAAACAUAGUUCCAUAAAAAUUUCCCAUACAUGAGUAUGUGUUUUCAACCUCAUUUAAAAGAGCAGAGAAAAUACUUUGCUACAAACACUGAACACUAGAAUCUGUUGCUCACUUACCAUCUGGCUUUUGUUAUAACUAAUACACUGUUAAAAUGUGAGUGAUUGUCCAGUAGAAUUUUUACUCCUCAAUUACCCCUUUUUUCACCAAGAAUUCUUGGACAUUUCUGCCUGUACUUUUGACACUAGAAUACUGUAUAUUUGAUAUCUUGCUAAACCAGUGCUCUCAUAUAUGUGCAUUUUCUUUCUGUGUUUGAAAUUCGAUUUUGCCACCUAAUUUCUUUUUAAAGGCAGAAAAAACAAUAAAUGGGACAUUUUCAUCUUUGAAGAUUUAACAGUAUUGUAGUAGUAGAAAGCAGAGGGUGGUUUGUUUGUUUUUUCCUAUACUUUCUGACUCUUUCAUAAGAUGUAAGGUUUUGUUUGGAGAAGAUAGUUUGACAUAUAUGCAAGAUAUUUAUUUACUUAUUUUUAUUUUUAUUUUGCUUCGGAUCUCAGUCCAGAUUCAGUUUGGGGAGUAUUUUCCAUUACCUUGCAGUGUGUUGAACUGCUGAAAAUUUGAGUAUCUAAAUAAUGUUUAAAAAAAGGAACUGAAGCGAAUGACUAGUACCCAGCUAACAGUUCAGAAAAAACAGGUUUUGGCCAUGAAUGUCCAAAGCAGCACAAAUAGUAAAUUUUUUUGCUCAUCAUUGUAGAAGAAAUUACAGGGCUCCUCUCCU